UCGAGUUUUCCAGAAGGAAAUCGGUUGAAGGACUGGGAGAAAAGUUUGCUAGAGAGAACGGAUGACAAUUGUCCUUUAAUAAAGGAAUUUAUUCUUUUAUAAAUUUUGCUACUUACAAGAAUUUGCAUGACACGUUUCACACGAAGAAUUUCUCUAAAUUAAAGAACUUGAUAAAGUUAUUUAAAUUAUAUUAAUUAAAAAAUCUCAUACUUAACUUAACCGCCGAUGUCCAUCCGCCGAAGCAAGCUGCAGCAAGUCUCUCGAAGUACUCUAAUUCCCAGGAAUUAAUUUUCGGAAUUUUUGGUUUUCUGUUAAUUUCCAUGGAAAUUCAUAGAUUUAAAAGCUCAAUUUCUUCUUGAAUUGGACCACAAUUUACUGUUUUCUUAGAUAUAGAGAUACAAUUAUAUCGGAAAUGACAGCCCUUGCUGCUUCAGUUCCUCCAUGGAUCCCUGAAGAUGACCUCUUAUUGAAGAACGCCGUUGAGGUGAUUUUCCGAAAUGGAAUUUUGGAAUCAGUUUGUGAAGGAAAAUAUGCGAAUUUUUCCUGUUUUCAUUUUGGCGGUGUUUGUUAUUUCAGGCAGGCGCUUCUUUGGAAGCACUUGCUAAAGGAGCAGUGAGAUUCUCAAGAAAAUUUACAGUCAGUGAAUUGCGUGAUAGGUGGUAUUCUCUCCUAUAUGACCCUGUUAUUUCAGCUGAAGCUUCAGCUCGCAUGGUGGAAUUUGAACUUCCUGUCCCCAAUUCCAAAGUUAGUGCGGACAUUUCUGCUAAAAGAAAGCUUGAAACAGUUAGACGAAUGUACUAUGCCAGGAGGAAGAAAACUUGUGUCCGACCUGGUGACUCUCCUAGUAUCAGUUUUAUUGGUGCACCAGAGGCUAGUUUUGGAGACAAUAUGCCAUUUGACAGUCAGCCACUUGGUGGAAGUUGCAUGUUUGGAGAACGUAAUCAAAACCAUCUUGGAUUUGUUGGAAAGGAUAAUGAACUUCCUGUGGACUUUCCCUCUUUUGAGAAAGAUAAUGGAUGCAAAAGUAUUCCAUGUAAUGUGAGAGAUGGAUCAGUAGAUUUUCCGAGUUGUGAGAGAGGUCAGGAGAUGGCAUUGGAACAUCCGUUGCCAGAAAGUAUUCCUUCGUUUCAUGCAGAGGGACUUUCCUCUCCUCUAGCAUUAUGGGAAACGAUGAAGGACAUUUCUCCACCUGCAAUGCCAGUUAGUAUAAGCAUUGAAGAUAAAGAUAAACAAGAAGCGCAGUUGCAUCGUGAUGGUAUGGAACUAGAUGGUGAUAAAAUAAGUUUAUCAGGAAUGGAUGUUGUCCAUUCGGGGGCAAUGUUGCAAGAUAAACAUGAUGUUGAUGUACUUAAUAAUUCAAAUGCAAUCCCAGAAUGUGAUUAUGCAGAUCUUUCACAGUCGCUUUUGAACUUUGCAAAUGAGGAUGAGCUGCUUUUAGUGGAUGUGAAUGGGAAAGACACAAUAGAUAAAUUCUGUUAUGACGGAGCUUUGGUGAAUUUUCCUAAUGAUAUUCAUGGUAAAGCACUAAAUAUUAAAGAAUCGAAGACAAUAGUUUCAGAUAAAAACCAAAUUCUUGCCAAGGCAUGCCGUGCAGAGUUAGAGCCUGUUGUUGAAAGGUCACUUUCUAGUGAUGUUGAGCAGCAUGGUUUUUUGUGCUCAGAAAUCAGUUUACCAUCAUCCACAUCAGCAGCACAUCCAUGUUCUUCAGAGCAAUGUGAUGGAGAGAUGGAGUGUACUUUAAACAGUGAAGACCCUGACAUCCCAUCCAAUGAUGAUGUUUUCUUUCCUAAAGAAUAUGCUUCUUCCAUAAUGAGAACGCAAUCUAAAGAGGUUAGUUACUCAUCUUAUUCACAUGCUAAUUUAAAGAAUGACAAACAACAGCAAAGCUUGAUGAACAAAGAAGCAAAUCCUGCACAAUCUCGAAUUGCUCCCCAGAUGACAAGACUGGACAUAUUGCCAGCAACCAACCCAGGCAACCAACUCGGUGGCUGUGGAAUGAAAUGUGAAUCUCCUGAUGAUGUAGCGUCCAGACAGGCUGGCAAUGCUGAGGGAUACACCAACCAAUGCAGGACAACACAGGAAACUCUAAUUUCUGGCCCAGUUGGAUCAGUAAAGGCAGAGGCAUUACAUGCAUGUAAUGCUACGUGUUUGCCAUUAUAUGCAAAACCAUGCUCCCCUAAACGAGUAACUUCAGUACCAGAAGCCAAACCCUUAACAUUAAAUCAGGAAGAAUCUGAUAUUGACGAUGAAGAAAUUCCAUCCUAUUCUGACAUCGAAGCCAUGAUACUUGAUAUGGACUUAUGCCCUGAUGAUACAGAUUCUUCUAUUGAUAGGCAAGUCUCAAGUUAUCAAAAUGAGGAUACCAGACGGACAAUUAUAAGAUUGGAGCAAUGUGCCCAGUCAUCUGUACAAAGAGUGAUUGCUUCUCGAGGAGCAUUUGCUGUCUUGUAUGGGCGUCAUUUGAAGCAUUAUAUAAGGGAAACUGAGGUCAUACUUGGCAGAGCAACAAAUGAUAUGGAAGUUGACAUUGACUUGGGAAGAGAAGGACCUGCCAACAAAAUAUCAAGACGUCAGGCACUUAUAAAAAUGGAAGCAGAUGGUUCCUUCUUGUUGAAGAACCUUGGUAAGAGCCUAGUAUUUUUGAAUGGCAAAGAAAUUGCUAUUGGACAGAGUAUGAGUCUUCGUUCAAAUAGUUUGAUCGAGAUUGGGGGAAUGGCAUUUGUGUUUGAAUUUGAUAGCAAAUGUGUGGGUCAGCAUCUGGCAAAUGCCACCAAAAUCCACCAGCAAAACAAUAUCAAAUAUGAAUGAUCAGAAGGGAUUUCAUGAGUAAACAAAGCAAUCAAUUGUUUCCUCUAUGUCCCAUAUCAAGCUUCAUUAGGCGUACAAAAGCCAGUCUUGUAAUAGUGUGCCCUUGCGUUGGACGUACACUGUCCAACUAUAUAUAUGUUGAAGAAAAUUUCAUAUCUUGGACAAUAAUUGUGUUUAUGGCAACACAUACUAUGUAUAUGAAAUAUAGUUGGUAAUUCAUCCUACUUCAUAAAA